GGUUCUGCGAGUGCCCGCGAGGCGGGGGCGCGCUGUCACGUGUGGGGGCGCGCGGCGGCGGGAGCGCGCAGCGCUUUAAAGGCGCAGAAGCGGCUGGAGCGGCUGCUCGGCCGAGGGCGGACGACGGCCGCGGCGUCUCCGGCGAUAUGUGCGGCGGACGGGGAUGCAUUUGGCUGGUUCUGGCCGCGGCGCUGCUGCACGUGUCCCUGCAAGGCGAGUUCCAGAGGAGGCUGUACAAGGAGCUGGUAAAGAACUACAACCCGCUGGAGAGGCCGGUGGCCAACGACUCGCAGCCGCUCACCGUGUACUUCUCCCUGAGCCUCCUGCAGAUCAUGGAUGUGGAUGAGAAGAACCAGGUUUUAACCACUAACAUUUGGCUGCAAAUGUCUUGGACAGAUCACUAUUUGCAGUGGAACAUGUCCGAGUACCCCGGAGUGAAGAAUGUUCGCUUCCCAGAUGGCCAGAUUUGGAAACCAGACAUUCUCCUCUACAACAGUGCUGAUGAGCGGUUUGAUGCCACAUUCCACACCAAUGUCUUGGUGAAUGCAUCUGGGCAUUGCCAGUAUCUUCCUCCAGGCAUAUUCAAGAGCUCCUGCUAUAUUGAUGUGCGCUGGUUCCCUUUUGAUGUGCAGCAGUGCAAACUGAAGUUUGGGUCCUGGUCCUAUGGAGGGUGGUCCCUGGACCUGCAGAUGCAGGAGGCAGAUAUCAGCAGCUAUAUCCCCAAUGGAGAAUGGGAUCUCAUGGGAAUCCCUGGCAAGAGAAAUGAAAAGUUCUAUGAAUGCUGCAAAGAGCCGUACCCAGAUGUCACCUAUACAGUGACCAUGCGCCGCAGGACGCUCUACUAUGGUCUCAACCUGCUCAUCCCCUGUGUGCUCAUCUCGGCCCUGGCUCUGCUGGUGUUCUUGCUCCCUGCAGACUCUGGGGAGAAAAUCUCCCUUGGAAUAACUGUCUUGCUUUCUCUGACUGUCUUCAUGCUGCUUGUGGCUGAGAUCAUGCCUGCCACAUCUGAUUCCGUGCCCUUGAUAGCACAAUACUUCUCCAGCACCAUGAUCAUCGUGGGCCUGUCUGUGGUGGUGACGGUGAUUGUGCUGCGGUAUCAUCACCAUGACCCUGAUGGUGGCAAAAUGCCCAAGUGGACCAGGAUCAUUCUUCUGAACUGGUGUGCAUGGUUCCUGCGGAUGAAGAGGCCUGGGGAGGACAAGGUGCGGCCAGCCUGUCAGCACAAGGCUCGCCGCUGCAGUCUGGCCAGCGUGGAACUGAGCGCAGGGGCUGGGCCACCCACCAGCAAUGGCAACCUACUCUACAUCGGCUUCCGAGGCCUGGAGGGCAUGCACUGUGCCCCGACUCCAGACUCUGGGGUUGUGUGCGGUCGUCUGGCCUGCUCCCCGACACACGAUGAGCAUCUCCUGCAUGGUGCCCACCCCUCCGAUGGGGACUCUGACCUAGCCAAGAUCCUGGAGGAGGUCCGCUACAUUGCCAACCGCUUCCGCUGCCAGGAUGAGAGCGAGGUGGUCUGCAGUGAGUGGAAGUUUGCAGCCUGCGUGGUGGACCGCUUGUGCCUCAUGGCCUUUUCGGUCUUCACCAUCAUCUGCACCAUUGGCAUCCUCAUGUCGGCCCCAAACUUCGUGGAGGCUGUCUCCAAAGACUUUGCUUGAGAGCACCACAUAGGACAUGCACAGAUAGGAGAAGUGUCUGGGAGGCGGGACUUGGAUCCCUCACCCCGUGUCAUGCCAAAUGGAACAACUCUAAAGUAUCUGUGUGGCUGUCAGUCCUUGGUCUUAGUUUCCUGGUUACUUUAACGAAAGAGAUUCCAACACCCUUCUGUUUUUUUUUUUCUUCUUAUACUUACCGUUGUCCUAUCCUUGUCCUCAGCAGGGGCACCCGGGGUCAUUGCCUCCUCUUCACAGCCCUAUAAGGCAGAUCUCAGUGGUUCUAGUCGGCCAGUAGAGGCCUGUCCAGUCGGUGUUCCGUGCCUGCAUGCCCCUCGUCAUGGGCUCACACACCAGAAUUUACUGUCUGCUUGUGUCAUGCGCAGACCCAGGCUGAAACGAAGGCUGAGCAACACUCACUGGGUUCAUUUCAACCACUUCCUUGUGAAAGGAAGGCAAACACAAGUUCAAUUCUCUUCCUGCUUUCCUGUAAUUUAAACGUUUUUUUCCUUUGUCUUUUUGCCUUUACUAAUGACCAACUUUGUAUCAGAAAGUUGGCCUUCUAGAUGAUGUUUUGAGCAAGCUGAUUCCUGUAGAUCUGCACUGUCAAUGAAAUUAGCACCAAGGUUGUAUCACUUCUAAACUAGGACUAGCCCUAGCUAAAGCACUUGAAAGCUGUGGCCCUGCUCACCAUCUGGAGCAAGAUCGUUCCCGGCAUGUAUCUUUUACAUCCAGUAUCAGCAAAUGAUGCACAAAAUUUUUAUUGCUGGUGUUAUGUUUUUUUUAUUAAAGUAACUGGAAACAAAUAGGUGUCUUUUGGUACCUAAAGACCAGGCUUUGUGUCUUUUUGCUAGUUAAAAUUUGAACCCUAGCCUUUGCUUUGACUAUCUGAGUAAUGAUUGCCAUUUUAAAAAUAAUGUUAGAGACUAGCUGUGCUCAUAGUUAGAAGAUGUGUAUGGUUCAAAAUCGUCUCCCCCUUGCUCCCAUUUCCUCCUAGGAACAGUUUUAGAGGAAGAAGGAAAAGGUGGGGACAGAGAGGGAGGAGAGUGUGGAGAGACUUUGCUGUUGUUUUCCUAGAACUCACGCUUGACAGGUGCUUUGCGUCUACUGUUUUGUCCUAGAGAGCUUUCCGUAAGGACAUCUAAAGGUCUACCUCAUUCCUCUUAAGAGCUUCUUAGUGUUCCACUCCAUUGGUGGCUUACAAUUUGUUGGAUUAGCCUUUUAGUGGUGAGCACGUAGCUACAGUAUUUCCAGGUUUCGUGGUGAGCGCAUAGCUACAGUAUUUUCAGCUUUGAUGGUGAGCGCAUAGCUACAGUAUUUUCAGCUUUAAUGGUGAGCACAUAGCUACAGUAUUUCCAGGUUUUAUUUUUAUACACAAGUCUAUAGUUAGCUUUUUAGUGCAUACUUUGCCAUAUUCUUUUCUGACUUAUCUUGGUAUAAAUUCCAGUUUAGAGAUGGAUGUAGGUAGGACUAUGUACAUUUAGACUUCUGAUAAAUAUUUCCAGAUGGUCCUCUGUGGUCAGUGGGUACCCCCACCCAGAGUACAAUGAAAGGGUCAGAUGCUCAGCUCUCUGGUGUUAAAUAUUUUCCUAUUUAAUUUUUCCCUUCCCAAUCUAACUGGUAAAAAAUGAUAAGGCAACAAUAUUCUGCUUUAAGUUCAUUUAACCAUGAGCAAGGUUGAAUUUUUCAUAUAUAUUUUGGUAAUUUCAAUUUUAUAUUCUAUCUUUUAUACAAAUUUCAGUUUUUUAUUCUCUUAAUCUUUGUUUGGCAUUUGUUUUUGAUGCUAUUUAUUGAGUGCAUAUAUAUUGACAUAUAUUAAAACUCUAUGCUGCUAGUUUAUUCAUGGUUUCCAUUAUAGAAUGUAAGAUUGCCCUCUAGAAGGUCUUCCCUGUGUUGAGUUUACAAAUAAAUUUACUCCGUUUUCUUUCUAAACCAGUGUUUUCAUUUGUUCCCCUUUAUAACUUUUGAUUUUUUAAGAUUCAUCAUAAGAACUGUAGAUAAAGAUUUAGUUGUUUUUCUCCAAGGGUGGUCACUUAGUACACUAGACAUACAAUAAAAUAUUUCUAUAAUAUGAGACUCUUCCCUCUGGUCAGAUUGUCACCUUCUAUGUAAAUUAAGUUCCUCAAAGUGCUGUUGUGUUUUUUGGUUAAUCUGCCUCGAUGCUCUUGAUUUCCAAAGCUUUAAUCAUAUUAAUAUUAAUAUUUUCAAGUGGAUACUCUCUUCUGCUCCCUCCCCCUUUCUCUGUGUGUUAUAAGUAUCUUAAUGGGGUCACAAUGGGUUUACACAGCAGGUCUUCUUGUCUGGGAACUCCACAAUUUCAACUUGUAUUCAAAUCUAAUUUUAUGUAGUAAAUAGGACUGUUCAGGAAAGUCCUCCAAAUUUCUUGCUGUUCAUUUCUGGGUAUCUUACUGGGUGAUCACCAUUUUCAGUUGGAUGGCAUUGAUUCUGUUUUCUAGCCCAAUGUAUAGGAAAGUAGUUGAAUUCUGUAUGUUAAUGUUAAUUAGUCACCGUAAUUGUGAUCAUUUUGUUUCUAAGAUUUUCUUUUAACUCAUCCUUCCCAAUAUCUUUGUUUCCCUUUCUAUCCAAUUGCACUUGAGACCAGUAAUUGGCUUGUUUGCAUACUUGCCUUGUUCUUAACGUUGAUGGAUAUUUCAAUGACUCACAGUUUUACUUGUAUGUAAAACUGUAUUUACAUGUAUUUUCUUCAUCACAAUAAAAGCUAUCUGUGUAUCCUU